AUUGGUCCUGGUUAAGGAAGCGGAAGAAAAAGCGCGCAAUGAGGGGAGUGGAAGGAAGGCCGGUGAGAGAUCAUGGCGUCUCUCAAUUGUAGCACCGUGGUCUGCGUGAUAUGCUUGGAAAAGCCCAAUUACCGCUGCCCCACCUGCCGCGUGCCCUACUGCUCCGUGACCUGUUUCCGGAACCACAAAGAGCAGUGCAAUCCCGAAACUCAUCCUGUGGAGAAAAAAAUGAGAUCAGCUGUUACUGCAAAAACUAAAAAGCCGAUGGAAAACAAAGAUGAUGACGACGACUCGAUAGCUGAUUUUCUCAAUAGUGAUGAGGAAGAGGACAGAGUUUCUUUGCAGAAUUUGAAGAAUUUAGGGGAGUCUGCAGCUUUAAGAAGCUUACUGCUUAAUCCACACCUCAGACAGCUGAUGGUCAGCCUGGAUCAGGGGGACAACAAGGCCAAGCUCAUGAGAGCCUGCAUGCAGGAGCCCCUGUUUGUGGAGUUUGCUGACUGCUGUUUAAAGAUCGUGGAACCACCCCAGAAUGAGGAGUUUUAAGAUGGAUUAUGUUGCUACUUGAUCAGGCAUGUGUUUGACUCUCAGAACCUGCCUGCCCUUCUCCAGGAGACCAGCUGGUUGGGGCCCUAAGCAAGGGCGGUGAUUUCCAGGACGCAGACCAGCUGCUGGAGGGUAGGUCACGCAAGGCUUCACCUCCAUCGCCGGGGGGCUCAGUGUUAGGCAGACGGGGGUACUCAAAGUAGCAAAUGUUUUAUGGAGAGAAACUUGACAUUCAAAUGGUUGUUUUUAAGUUAUUUAUUUUUGGUAGUUAAGGUAGAUAGCAUAAAUGAUAACUUAUCAAGUUUCACACCCAUUGGAGUUAAAACUUGUGCAGUGUUACUAGUUACUAAAUAAAACCAAGAUACGGUG